AUGGCUGUCCUUAACGAGCUGAUUCUGCUUGGUCCUGGAAGUUUCCAGUGGGCUCUCCUCCUCGGAACUCUAGGCUUUGUCACUCUCUAUUACACACUUGCCUUGAGCCCUAAACGCGCCAGAUUGCCUGUCUAUAGCACCCAUUCGGGCUGGUUUGGAAGCUGGUAUGACGCUCUGGACUAUCUCCGAGACAGCCCUGGUGUUCUGAAAGCCGGGUACGAAGAGUUCUCAAAACAUGGCCGCUUCUACCAACUUCGGACUCCUGUCCGGUGGGUGAUUGUCAUCCCCCCAAAGUUCGUGGACGAGAUACGAACAGCACCACCAACACAUCUGAGCGCUAAGGAAGCAGCUAACGACGUGCAACAGGCAGGAUACACGGUUUCUCCCAUCGUCGAAGCAAACAAGUUCCAUUUCCGUAUUAUCAAGACCGACCUAACUCCAAGCCUAGAGCUUAAGAUCAACGAUCUACUGGAUGAGAUUAGUCUGGUAUUCCAGCAGGAAAUAGGAACUCCAGCCGACUGGAAACCAGUUGUUAUGGCUCGUACUGCUCAUCGAAUCGCGACACGUACGGCGAACAGACUUCUUGUGGGUGUACCACUGUGUCGCAAUGAGGACUAUCUUCAAAUGUCCAUCAGGUACACAAUAGAUGUGUUCGGCGGUGCAGAUAAGCUGCGUGCCUGGCCAGACUUCCUCAAGUCGACGGUAACAUACUUCGUCACCAAUGUCAGGGAACGGCAGAAGGUAGCUCGCAAGCAUCUCAUACCGUAUAUCAAGGCUCGGCUGGAGGAGGUCGAGAAGCUACAACAAACAUCCCCCAAAAGCAAACCGGUAGAUUCGCUUCAGUGGGUCAUUGAUGCCGCGCCAAGUUACCAAGAACGUGACCCGGAGCGGCUGAUGUAUCGCUUGCUUCAUCUGAACGUUGCGGCGGUACAUACGACCAGCGUCACCUUUCUGAACUGCGUUUAUGAUCUCGCAUUGCAUACGGACAUCCAUUCGGAGCUGCGAGCAGAGAUUGAAAGCGCCGUGCAAACGGAUGGAUGGACCGCUCGAUCAUUGAGCGCGAUGCGCAAAUUGGACAGCUUUAUGCUAGAAAGUCAAAGAUUGGCUCCUAUCGCAAGUUCCCAAAUGACCCGAGCCGUCAUCAAGGACUUCACAUUCUCAGACGGCACCACUGUACCGAAAGGCUCAUACGUCCUAGUCCCGAUGCAUGCCAUGUAUCUUGAUGAUACAAUAUAUCCUGAAGCCUCGAAAUUUGACGCUUUCCGAUGGUCUCGUCUUCGAGAGCAGCCGGGGAACGAGAAUCGAUACCAGUUCGUGACCACGUCCCCGACACAUAUCAACUUCGGGCAUGGGAAGGAUGCCUGUCCCGGGCGUUUUUUUGCGGCCCAAGAAAUCAAACUGCUCCUUGCUCACACUCUCUUGCACUAUGAGGUCCGAUUGGAAGAUCCUACAGGGCUUCCCAAACCGACCUGGUAUGACCGAUCCCGUCAACCCAACCAGACGGCACGGGUGCUGUUUCGCGCGCGUUAG